AUGGCCUUGACUGACGGCGGCUGGUGCCUGCCGAAGCGCCUUGGGGCCGCGCCUCCUGCGGACGCCAGCGACUCCGGAGCCUUUCCAGCGCGGGAGCCCUCCACGCCGCCUUCCCCCAUCUCCUCCUCUUCUUCCUCCUGCUGCUCUCGGGGUGGGGAGCGCGGCCCGGGCGGCGCCAGCAACUGCAGGACGCCGCAGCUCGACACGGAGGCGGCGGCGGGACCCACGGCCCGCUCGCUGCUGCUCAGUCCCUACGCCUCGCAUCCCUUCGGGGCUCCCCACGGACCUUCGGCGCCGGGGAUCUCGGGCCCCGCGGGCGCCCUGUCGAGCUGGGAGGACCUACUGCUCUUCGCUGACCUCGACCAAGCCGCGACCGCCAGCAAGUUGCUGUGGUCCAGCCGCGGCGCCAAGCUGAGCCCUUUCGCGCCCGAGCAGCCGGAGGAGAUGUACCAGACCCUCGCCGCCCUCUCCAGCCAGGGGCCUGCAGCUUACGACGGCUCGCCCGGUGGCUUCGUGCACUCGGCGGCCGCCGCCGCUGCAGCCGCGGCCGCCGCGAGCUCCCCGGUCUACGUGCCCACCACGCGCGUGAGCUCCAUGCUGCCGGGCCUGCCGUACCUACAAGGUGCGGGCGGCGGGCCGGCCAAUCAUGCGGGGGGCGCGGGCGCGCAUCCCGGCUGGCCGCAGGCCUCGGCCGACAGCCCCCCGUACGGCAGCGGAGGCGGCGCGGCGGCCGGCGGGGCAGCGGGGCCCGGCAGCGCCGGCUCGGCCGCGGCUCACGUCUCGGCGCGCUUCCCCUACUCGCCCAGCCCGCCCAUGGCCAACGGCGCGGCCCGGGACCCCGGGGGCUACGCGGCGGCCGGCGGUGGGGCCGCGGGCGGCGUGAGCGGGGGCGGCGGCGGCCUAGCGGCCAUGGGCGGCCGCGAGCACCAGUAUGGCUCGCUGUCGGCCGCGCGGCCGCUGAACGGGACGUACCACCACCAUCACCACCACCACCCGAGCGCCUACUCGCCCUACGUGGGGGCCCCGCUGACGCCCGCCUGGCCCGCCGGACCCUUCGAGACCCCGGUGCUGCACAGCCUGCAGAGCCGCGCCGGAGCCCCGCUCCCGGUGCCGCGCGGCCCCGGCACAGACCUGCUGGAGGACCUGCCCGAGAGCCGCGAGUGCGUGAACUGCGGCUCCAUCCAGACGCCGCUCUGGCGACGCGACGGCACCGGCCACUACCUGUGCAACGCCUGCGGUCUCUACAGCAAGAUGAACGGCCUCAGCCGGCCCCUCAUCAAGCCGCAGAAGCGCGUGCCUUCCUCCCGGCGGCUUGGAUUGUCCUGUGCCAACUGUCACACCACGACCACCACUUUGUGGCGCAGAAACGCUGAGGGCGAGCCUGUGUGCAAUGCGUGUGGACUCUACAUGAAGCUCCAUGGGGUGCCUCGACCGCUUGCUAUGAAAAAAGAGGGAAUUCAAACCAGGAAACGAAAACCUAAGAACAUAAAUAAGUCAAAAGCUUGCUCUGGUAAUAGCAAUAAUUCUGUUCCCAUGACUCCAACUUCCACCUCUUCUAACGCAGAUGACUGCAGCAAAAAUACUUCCCCCACCACACAACCGGCAGCCUCAGGGGCAGGCGGCUCGGUGAUGUCCGGUGCCGGGGACAGUGCCAACCCCGAGAACAGCGAGCUCAAGUACUCAGGUCAAGACGGGCUGUACAUCGGCGUUAGCCUGGCCUCGCCAGCUGAAGUCACGUCGUCGGUGAGGCAGGAUUCCUGGUGCGCCCUGGCCCUGGCCUGA